AUGCAGCAGCACGACAAGGAGGAGGAGGCGGCGGCGGUGGAGCGGAGGCGCAUCGAGACGCUGCUCGGCGAGGAGGCGGCCAAGGAGUCGAAGCUACGCAAACACAACGAGCGGGUGGCAGUGGCUGCCGCCGUCAAGCUGCAGGUGAGCGAGGGGGCGGCGCAGAGGAGGCGUGACGAGGAGAGGGCGAGGCUCGAGAAGGAGGCGCGCGUGCUCGACGUGCAUGCGCAGCGCGACAAGCCGGCGCUGGCCAUCGAGGAGAUCGCCAAGGCCAACCACGCGCGGGCUUCGGCGAUGCGGGAGGAGGCCGAGCGGCUUGCGGCAGCCGCCGCCGAGGAGCGGCGUGCCGAGGACGAGCGGAGGCGAGCACAGGGGCGCGACCUCAUCCAGCAGAUUCGCGCCCUCGAGCUAGUGCCGCGUAAACGAGUCGUUGCGCUCGAUCCAACAUAUAUCCCCAACAUCGGCGUGGAAGAGGAGCGCUCGGCAGAGGAGAAGAAGAAGCGCGAGCGUAUCCUCGCAGCCAAAGCAAGCAAGGAGAAGGAGCUCAAGGCGCGGCUGUCGCGGCUGUCACACAUACGAGAAGAGGCGGCGAAAGAUGCGGCGCGGCGGGUGGAGGCCGCGAAGAGGGUCGAGAUUGAGGCGGAGGAGCAGCGUCAUGACCGACUUGCGGCAGCGCAGCUCAAGCUUCACCAGGAGAUUGAGGCCAAGCGCGCCGUGCGGCUGCAGGAGGAGGCGCGGCUCGCAGAGGAGCUCAAGGCGAUCAAGAUGAAGGCGCAGUUCCUCGGCGCUGACGCGAGCGCGGUCGAGCGUAAGCGGAUGCUGUCCCAGCGCCAGGGCGCGCAGCGCGAGGCGAUGGCGCGCCAGGACGCGAUCGUCGAGGAGUCCUCGGCAACCCUGAGCACCGAGGCAAAGGAACUGGCGCAGCGGAGGCUCAACCUGCAGCGGCAACGACAGAAGCACGAGGCGUUCCUGCGCGACUACGAGGCUUCCGCUGCCCAGGCCACAGACGCGGCUCGCCAUGACGAAGCCGAGUGGCAGGCGUCGCGCCAGAUGCUGCAGACGCGGCUCGGCCUCGGCCUAAGCCACGCGGGCAAGGCGCAGGUGGCAACAAAGGAGUUGGGUGGCGGCCAGAGCAAUCGGCCCAACCCACUAGGCCUGGAUGAAAGCGCCAUCGUUGCGUAG